AUCGCCUUUAUAUUACAGCUCCUCCCUAAGCAAAGUCGCAGAAAGAUACAGACCAAACAAAGAUAUAGAGAGAAAAGUAGAGCGACGAAUUCGUAGAUUUUUUUUCUCUUUCUUGAGUAGAACAAAAAAAUGGGUACGGAAGCUACCACCGCCGUGGACAACCUUCAGCAACCGUUGCUGGAGUCAACGAAAUCGGAAGUUGACUUCAGGAUGGAGAGUGUAUUAACGGACACACAUUUGUCAUAUUUCCGGCGGAUCUACUUGGCGGCGUUGAUCGAGAUGAAGUAUCUUUUCCACUUGGCGGCUCCUGCGAUCUUUGUUUACGUUAUCAACAAUGGCAUGUCCAUGGUCACUCGUAUUUUCGCCGGUCGUUUAGGAAGUAUGCAACUCGCAGCUGCUUCUCUCGGAAACAGCGGUUUCAAUAUGUUCUCCAUUGGUCUCAUGCUUGGAAUGGGAAGUGCAGUGGAGACAUUAUGUGGGCAAGCGCAUGGAGCUCACAGAUACGACAUGCUUGGAGUCUACUUACAAAGAUCCACGAUUGUUCUUGUCCUAACCGGACUUCCAAUGACCGUACUCUUCAUAUUCUCCAAACCUCUCCUCACUUCUUUAGGAGAGCCAGCUGACGUUGCAUCAAUGGCCUCAGUCUUCGUCUACGGUAUGGUUCCAAUGAUCUUCGCAUACGCAGUCAACUUCCCUAUCCAAAAGUUCCUCCAGGCACAGAGCAUCGUGACGCCAAGCGCGUACAUCUCAGCCGCUAUACUCGCCCUCCACUUAGUCCUCACUUGGCUCUCGGUCUUCAAGUUUGGCUGGGGCUUACUUGGUCUCUCCGUAGUUCACAGUCUCUCGUGGUGGAUCAUUGUUUUGGCUCAGAUUGUUUACAUAAAGAUCAGUCCAAGAUGUCGCCGGACUUGGGUUGGUUUUAGCUGGAAAGCUUUUGAUGGUCUUUGGGACUUUUUCCAGUUAUCUGCGGCUUCCGCCGUCAUGCUCUGCCUUGAAUCUUGGUAUUCUCAGAUUCUUGUUCUCCUAGCCGGACUUCUUAAAGACCCUGAACUUGCUUUAGAUUCUUUAGCAAUCUGCAUGUCUAUUUCGGCAAUGUCGUUCAUGGUGUCCGUUGGAUUCAACGCAGCUGCCAGUGUAAGAGUUAGUAACGAAUUAGGAGCUGGAAAUCCAAGAUCAGCAGCAUUUUCAACCGCGGUAACUACGGUGGUAUCAUUUUUACUGUCAUUGUUUGAAGCCGUCGUGAUCCUCUCAUGGCGUCACGUCAUCAGUUACAUUUUCACGGAUAGUGAAGCCGUUGCUGAAGCCGUCGCCGAGCUCUCUCCUUUCUUAGCCAUCACCAUUGUUCUCAACGGAGUACAACCUGUUUUAUCUGGUGUGGCUGUUGGAUGUGGGUGGCAAGCAUAUGUGGCGUACGUUAACAUUGGAUGUUAUUACAUUGUGGGGAUUCCUAUUGGUUAUGUUCUUGGUUUCACCUAUGAUAUGGGAGCUAGGGGAAUAUGGACAGGGAUGAUUGGGGGCACACUCAUGCAAACUAUUAUCUUAGUCAUUGUCACUUUCAGAACUGAUUGGGAUAAAGAGGUGGAGAAGGCGUCGAGACGAUUGGACCAGUGGGAAGACAGCUCUCCGCUUCUUAAGCAAUAAAAUAAAUAAAUUGAUCUUUUCAAAAUAAAUCUUAGGGAGAUUUGGAGGUCCAUUAUAUAUAUAUAUAUAUAUAUAUAUAUAUAUAUAUAUUCUGGUUUUCCCCAAAUUGAUUAAAAAAGAAAGAAAGAUAGACCCUAGUUAGUUAAUAUAUCAAGAGAUCAUUCGAUAUGCGGACCUCUUAAUUAAUGAAUUGGAAAAUAGAAAAGUUUUCAGAGGGGGUUAAAGUACGAGAAUUAAGAACGUCGUCAAUGUACAUGAUUUUGUAAGGAAGUAAUAUCAAGAAGUAAGAAUGAUGAUAUGUUGAUGUAUUUGUAUUGUGUGGAAGAGUGAAAUUUAUUGUAAACGAUGGAUCAAAUAAUGAAACAUAUACGUUUGUUAUGGUCCACAA